GUUAUUAGAAUCAUGCAGUUACAGCUUGUUCUGACUAUCAGUCAAUAGCUCCACCCCUCCACCGGCAAUGCACACUUUACUUCUCAAUGUAUUCCUCGUGGAAAUCCUGAAGACGGCGCGUGCCGUGGAAAAGAGAGAGGCCGGGCAGGCUGCUCGUGGCCGGGGGGGGUAUUUAUGAAUUCAACCACAAGGACGUUAUUCUUUACAGUGAGUUCACACAUACCUCACCUGACUAGCUCUGGGAGACGUCUGACACGCAUUCUCAUGACCUCGACGUUACGGCCAAACGCAAUGAUUUGCCUCUUGUUCUCGAGACGGACCUGAACUUUCAGCCGGUACCAACUUUUGGGACCAUUCCAACCUUCUUCUCUUCCUUGCCCGUCAAGUUCACAGAUAUUUUGCCCAAGUGGAACCCACUGGGCUACGUCCAUGGAGAGCAAUACCUCGAGAUUCGCAAAUAUCCCAUUCCAACUGCAGGCAGGCUUGUCACGCAUAGCCGACUCCUUGAGGUGGUCGACAAGAAGAAAGCAGCCAUUGUGACCAUGGCUCACAUCACACGCGAUGAGGCUACCGGGGAAGAUGUGUUUUACAACGAGGUCUCUCUGUUCGUGAAAAUUGCUGGUGGCUUUGGCGGCCAAACCCAGCCCCGUUUCAGCAAUUCAAAGACAUACAAUCUCCCACGAAGGGCGCCGGAUUUGAUCUGUGAAGAGAAAACAUCCGAGGAGCAAGCGGCACUAUACCGGCUGAGUGGUGAUUAUAAUCUGGGGCAUAUAGACCCCGCUGUUGGUAGGGCUGUUGGGUUUCCUGCCCCGAUUCUUCACGGUCUCUGCUUUUUGGGUAUUUCGGGGAAACAUAUCCUCCAACAAUAUGGCCGAUACAAGAGUAUCAAGGGCCGCUUUGUUGAGAGUAUCUUCCCUGGGCAGAUCCUCCGGACCGAACUGUGGAAGGAAGGUUAAACAGUCACUUUUCAGACUAGAGUUGUUGAAACGGGUAAAUGUACAAGAGAGCAGACGGGAAGCCGGCCACAGUUGUGGAUAGCGCUGAGGUUGCCCGUCUUUCUGGGGUGGGG